CAACAACAACAACAACAACAGAUGCAACAACAACAGAUGCAACAACAACAACAACAACAGAUGCAGCAACAACAAGAAAGCCAUCUAAGCCCAAACUUCAAUCCAAGCUCAGAUCCCUACCAAUAUGAGUCCAUCACUUCAUUCCCACAACCCACUGACCAGGGUCCAUCACAACCUGAACAAAUGCACAGAACAAGCUCAUUACCCCAUCUUCCGACACAGAACCAAGGACAUCCAACAAAUCCAAAUCAACAGAAUCAAACACAAUCAAAUUUAGUGCCUGGUCUGAAAGCCCCAAUUUGGAUGAGUGAUGAAAAUUGUAAAAAUUGCAACAACUGUGGAAAAACAUUCUCUGUUACAAGAAGAAAACAUCAUUGUCGGGGCUGUGGAAAGAUAUUCUGCAGUAUUUGCUGUGAUCAACUUGCCCAGUUGCCUUAUUUAGGGAGAAAAGUUGCAAGAAUCUGUGUGUCUUGUACAAGGGCAAUCAGAAAAGCGUAUUCUGAUAGAGCAAGACUCAAACAGCAGCAAAGAUCCCAGCGCCCAUCGCGGUCAGCCUCGGUCUCUCAAACUCCAACACAGAGUCAAUCACUUUUGUUUAUUCCUGAAGAUAAUGUCCUGCCAAAUACGCCGUUCACACCCAGGCCAGAGAACAACUUCAAUGUUCCUCAGAGGACCACUGAAGCCUACCCCACCACUCCCACGGGCAACUUCAAUCCUGUUAAUGACGUGUCACAGUCAAUGCCUGACGUUCCCAUGCAACCAACCUCGUCUCAAUUUCGAAAUACGCCGUAUGAUGAUUGGCAACCGUCGCCUGCUGCCGGAUGGGAGACCGCUAGCCUUUCUGGGUUUGGACAGAAUAGCGGUAAAGUUGGAAAUUCAUGGAAAAUCCCUUCACGUCCUGCGGGUCGGAUUAUCGCUUGGACAGAUGCCUCCUCUUUGACCCUGGAGGAACAGAAAAAACGCUUUAAGAAUCUUAGUAAAGUCUUAAAAACUGAAGAAGGCGCCGUAAUUCAAGCAGCUACAAGUCUUUCCAUAUCUGUCAAAAAGAUUACAGUUACGUUGAAGCAACAACGUCAUGAAGUAUGGUUCUUCUCAAGUAUUGGUUUGGAAAACUCUGGUUUUUGUGAAAUUGCAUUUCUUCUUGAAAAACGAAUUAUCGAGGAUGUAUUUCCUUACGAAAUGUUGAAAGUAUAUCGAACUUUGCACUCGUUGAUUUUAAAUCAAGGUGAAAGGUUUGAUCACUGCAAUUACUUGGCGUUCAACAAUCCUCUGCUGGGAAGCGAAGAGAAUGCUGGCUUUCUUUUUAUCGCAGGCGACAAAACUCCAACACUGGUCCAACGUCUUGCCAAUGGGAAGAAAUUACUCUUUGGGAUAUUACUGAAGCAAUCCGAACUACUGUGGGCGAAAUACGUUCCUACAAGAUUGUUGAAUGCAUUAGGAGUCCAGCAACAGACUUUUCCAUCUCCUGCAAUCAGUUCAAGAGACAGGCCGAGUGUUUGCAGUGUCGAUCCGAACGAGUUGUAUUAUUCCACCUUUUUUGCCCUCAACAAAUUUUUGAAUUACAAAAUCCCUCAAGCCUUGAUUCCUGGGGUGAGUAUUUUAAAAUCAGGAAGCAAAGUUGUUCUGGAGUUACCAUUUGCCUAUCAGACUGAGAUCAUCAGUGUUCUUGAUAGUUUAUUGAUCGAUGAAAGUAAACCAGUGACUCUCCCAAUUGCUGGAGACCUCGUUCCUGGCGCCAGCGGUCAUUUUGUUUAUUCUCCUAGCAACGCGGUGUCAGCACGAAAAGGUUUCGUUGUGUUGCAAAAUAGCAACGAGCAAUUGCAGACUGGAAACCAAUAUCUCUCCUUCAGUGCUAUUCUUCUGGUUCUGACAUUUGGAGAUAAUUGUAACGUACAAACAAGAUUUGGGAUAUCAGUUAUUGAAGAUGGUAUAUCGGUCAACCUGAGCGACAACCAAGCCAGAGAAGUACGUAAUGCAAUAUACCAAGGUACCAACUGCGCAAUGUCCCUGGGAGACUCAGAAGAGUUCACAUUGCGGUGGACUGAUGAUACCUGCGCUAGUGUACUCAACCUACCAACACCAAUCAGAGUCGUUCAAAAUGUGAAGAAACCUAGCAAAGGUUAUUAUCCUCCCUCUGCUGCGCCAAGUCAGCCAACGGUGCGUACAGAAGUUGGUCAAACGAACGUGGUGAUAGAACGUGUUAAGACCAGAGAUAUUGAAGCCGCCAUACAGACAAAAAUUAUUUCAGAUAAUCCUCAGCAGACCGUUGACAGUCUUGAGAAUGAUGUAAGACAAGCAUGUGCUGGAUGCUUGCUAACAUUUGCAAACAGAUUGAAGCCUGGUACUGAGAAACGAUUGAAUUUAACCCUAGAAUUGGAUUGUGGAAAUUAUAAGAAAUGGAGUCUUGGGCCUAGCAAUCAGCCUAUCAAUCUCUCUCGUGCUUUGCAACUGGCCCUGAACGAAAUUGAUGUCCCAGAUGUCAAUGAUAAUAUUGUGUUUGUAUUCAAUGUGAUCCUUCAAAAGAGAAAUUAAUAUAUUAGGAAUGUUAGUUCAUAAGUUAAUGGUAAUUCAUAGCUGUCGUGAUUUUUUUAUAAACUGGUUUAAUAUGCAUAAACUCCGACUGGAUGUUAAAAGAAAGACAUCAGGUUUUCGCAAGUGGCGAGUAGUUAAAAACAAGCCAUGAUAGUUGUUCUAAGAUUAUUUACAGAUUUAGUUUUUGUUGUAAACGCCAAGUACUUGCAGAUGAAAUUUUCAAUUACAAUUUAGUUUGAUAAUAGCAAUAAAAUUGCA